CCCAGCCUCUCCCUUGCGCCUCCGUAGGGUGCCGGUGUCCUUCCAGUUCCCUGUUCCCAACCUCUCCACUGGCUGACCCAGGCCGCUUUCUGCUUUCUGAUGCCUGUUGCGACGAACCAACGCGCCCCUCCUUGUGCACAGCUUUUCCAGUCCCGAGCGCAGGCAUAUGUUGGUUGUGCUGAAGCUAUGGAGAAACUCUGUGGGCAUGUGCCUGUCCACUCAGACAUCCUCUCCUUGGAGAACCAAUGCCUGACCAUGCUCCCUGACCUCCAGCCCCUGGAAAAACUACAUGGAUGUACAUCUGUCCAUCCAGACAUUCUCUCCUUGGAGAACCGGUGCCUGACCAUGCUCCCUGACCUCCAGCCCCUGGAGAAACUGCAUGGACAUACAUCUGUCCACCCAGACAUCCUUUCCUUGGAGAACCGGUGCCUGUCUAUGCUUCCUGACCUCCAACCCCUGGAAAAACUGCAUGGACAUAUGUCUAGUCACUCAGACGUCCUGUCUUUGGAGAACCGAUGUCUAGCUACCCUGUCCACUGUAAAGAGCACUGUAUCUACCAGCCCCCUACUUCAUGUAUCUCACAAGAUGCAAGAUGUGUGUAGCCCACACACUAGCAGUUGUCUGUUCCCUGAGCCUCCUUCUAAGAAGGUUCCGUGUUUCUCUGACAAUCUAGACCUUCCAACUUGUUCCAGGGCUCCGAAAUCCAUCUCGGCUACUACUCAAGUUCAAGAAGCAGCUUUGGGUCAGUGGCACUUCUCAGAAGACAAGAAAGUGCAGGAAGAGAAAGAGAGAGGACAAGUCCAAAUGCCUCUCUAUAGUCUAAGCCUGGGAGAGGAAGAGGAGCUGGAUGCACCCAUCCUGAAACUCACAUCUGGAGACUUGGAAUCUUAUCCCGAAACCACUGACCGGGUCCUCCAGGAAAAGAAGAUGGCUCUCUUGACCUUACUGUGCUCUGCCCUGGCCUCACAUAUAAAUGUAAAAGAUGCAUCUGACCGUACCCGUGCAUCCAUCCUUGAAGUCUGUAGUGAGCUGGCCCCCUUGGAACCUGAGUUCAUCCUGAAGGCAUCUCUGUAUGCUAGGCAGCAGCUUAACAUCCGGGAAUUAGCCAAUGCAGUUUUGGCUAUAGCUGCCUUCUUGCCCGCCUGCCGCCCCCACGUGCGACGGUAUUACUCUGCCAUUGUUCACCUGCCCUCCGACUGGAUCCAAGUAGCCGAGUUCUAUCAGAGCCUGGCAGAAGGAGAUGAGAAGAAGUUGGUGCCCCUGCCUGCCUGCCUCCGCGCUGCCAUGACCGACAAAUUUGCCCAGUUUGAUGAGUACCAGCUAGCUAAGUACAAUCCACGGAAACACCGAGCCAAGAAAUGUCCUCGCCGGCCACCCCGACCCCAAAAAACAGAACAACCAUUUUCAGAGCGAGGGAGAUGUUUUCCCAAGAGCCUUUGGCCCCUUAAAAACGAACAGAUUAAGUUUGAAGCAGCUUACAACGCGGCGCCAGAGAAAAAAAGUCCGCCAAGGUUCACUCUGAAGAAGUUGGUAGAGCAACUGCACAUCCAUGAGCCUGCCCAGCACGUCCAGGCCCUGCUGGGCUACAGGUACCCAGCCACCCUAGAACUCUUUUCUCGGAGUCACCUCCCUGGGCCGUGGGAUUCUAGCCGAGCUGGGCAGCGGAUGAAGCUCCGAAGGCCAGAGACCUGGGAGCGGGAGCUGAGCUUGCGGGGGAACAAGGCUUCUGUCUGGGAGGAACUCAUAGACAAUGGGAAACUCCCCUUCAUGGCCAUGCUCCGGAACCUGUGUAACCUGCUGCGGACUGGGAUCAGUGCCCGCCACCAUGAACUUGUUCUUCAGAGACUACAGCAUGAAAAAUCUGUGAUUCACAGUCGGCAGUUUCCCUUCAGAUUCCUUAAUGCUCAUGAUUCUAUCGAUAAACUUGAGGCUCAACUCAGAAAAAACGCAUUGCCCUUCCCUUCCAAUACAACAUUGAUGAGGCGGAUAAUGAUCAGACACUCGAAAAAUAUCAAGAGGCCUGCCAACCCGAGGCACCUGCGCGCCCUGACGCGUCGGCAGCUCCGGGUGGCCAUGACUAUACCUGUGAUGUACGAGCAGCUCAAGUGGGAGAAGCUGAGGCUGUACAAGGCCAGACAGUGGAACUGUGAUGUUGAGUUGCUGGAGCGGUAUCGCCAGGCCCUGGAAACGGCUGUCAACCUCUCUGCGAAGCACAACCUGCCCCCCAUGCCAGGCCGGACCCUCUUGGUCUAUCUCACAGAUGUAAACGCCAACAGGCUCUGUCCCAAGAGUCACUCACGAGGGCCCCCCCUGAACUACGUGCUGCUGUUGAUCGGAAUGAUGGCAGCUCGGGCGGAGCAGGUGACGGUUUGGUUGUGUGGAAGAGGAGCUAUGAAGAUGCCGGUCCUUGAGACCGAUGAAGGCAUCCUGAAGACUGCCAUCAAACUCCAGGCCCAAGUCCAGGAGUUGGAAGAAAAUGAUGAUUGGUCCCUGGACACUUUUGGGAAACACCUGCUGUCCCUGGCUGUCCAAAGGACCCCUGUUGACAGGGUCAUCCUGUUUGGCCAACAGAUGGAUACCGAGUUGCUGAAUGUAGCCAAACAGAUGAUCUGGCAGCAUGUGAACCCCAAGUGCCUCUUUGUUGGUGUCUUCCUACAGAAAACACAGUACAUAUCACCCAAUUUGAAUCCCAAUGAUGUGACGCUCUCAGGCUGUACUGAUGGAAUACUGAAGUUCAUCGCGGAGCAUGGAGCCUCUCGUCUUCUGGAACAUGUGGGCCAACUAGAUAAAGUCUUCAAGAUUCCCCCACUCCCAGGAAAGACACAGGGCCUGUCCCUCCGGCCGCUGGAGGAGGACAUCCCAGGCCCCUUGGGUCUUCUUUCCCAGCAUGGGUGGCGCAACAUCCGGCUUUUCAUUUCGUCCACUUUUCGGGACAUGCAUGGGGAGCGAGACUUGCUGAUGAGAUCGGUCCUACCAGCUCUGCAGGCCCGAGUGUUGCCCCACCGCAUCAGUCUUCAUGCUAUUGACCUGCGCUGGGGUAUCACCGAGGAAGAGACCCGUAGGAACAGACAACUGGAAGUGUGCCUUGGGGAGGUGGAGAACUCAGAGCUGUUUGUCGGGAUUCUGGGCUCCCGCUAUGGCUACGUUCCCCCCAGCUAUGACCUGCCUGACCAUCCUCACUUCCACUGGGCCCAGCAGUACCCCUCAGGGCGUUCUUUGACAGAAAUGGAGGUGAUGCAGUUCCUGAAUCGUAGCCAACGCUGUCAGCCCUCUGCUCAAGCUCUUGUCUACCUCCGAGACCCUAGUUUCCUCAGCUCUGUGCCGGAUGCCUGGAAACCUGACUUUAUUUCUGAGUCAGAAGAGACUGCACAUCGGGUCUCAGAACUGAAGAGAUACCUACACCAACAGAAAGAAGUUACCUGUCGCGGGUACACCUGUGAAUGGGGAGGUGUAGCAGCUGGCCGGCCCUAUACUGGGGGCUUGGAGGAGUUUGGACAGUUGGUUCUCCAGGAUGUGUGGAGCAUGAUCCAGAAGCUUUACCUGCAGCCUGCGGCCCAGUUGGAGCAGCCAGCAGCCAUGUUGGAUGAUGAUUCGAUCCAGGCCAGCUUUCAGCAGCUGAAGAACCCGCCGAGUCCUGCACGGCCACGCCUUCUUCAGGAUACAGUGCAGCAGCUGAUGCUGCCCCGUGGGAGCCUGAGCCUAGUGACUGGGCAGGCAGGACAGGGAAAGACUGCCUUCCUGGCAUCCCUCGUGUCAGCGCUGGGGGCCCUCAGCCAGCCCCGCGUGCCCCCCUUAGUUUUCUUCCACUUUUCAGCAGCCCGCCCCGACCAGUGUCUGGCCCUCAGCCUUCUCAGACGCCUCUGCACCUAUCUGCAUCGAAAACUGCAAGAGCCGAGCGCCCUCCCCGGCACUUACAGAGGCCUGGUGUGGGAACUGCAGCAGAGGCUGCUCCCCAAAUCCGCUCAGUCACUGAAACCUGGCCAGACCUUGGUCCUUAUUGUCGACGGGGCGGAUAAGUUGGUGGGUCAGAAUGGACAGCUGACUUCGGACUGGAUCCCCAAGUCCCUUCCCCGGCGAGUGCACCUGGUGCUGAGUGUGUCCAGUGACUCAGGCCUGGGAGAGACCCUUCAGCAAAGUCAGGGUGCUUCCGUGGUGGCCUUGGGGCCUCUGAUCCCGUCUUCGAGGGCUCAGCUUGUGAGAGACGAGCUAGCACUGUAUGGGAAACGGCUGGAGGAGUCGCCUUUCAACAACCAGAUGCAGCUGCUGCUGGUAAAGCAAGGCUCGGGCCUGCCCCUGUACCUGCACCUCGCCACUGACUACCUGAGGCUCUUCACACUCUAUGAACAGGUGUCCGAGCGACUUCGGACCCUGCCUGCCUCCCUCCCACUGCUGCUCCAGCACGUCCUGAGCACCUUGGAGCAAGAACACGGCCACGACGUCCUUCCUCGAGCUCUGGCUGCCCUUCAGGUCACGCGUAACGGUCAGUGGUUGGGGGAGGCUGGGAGGCUGAGGGCUCCGCUCUUGGGGAACCUUAGUUCGGGCGGGAUCUUAGCCAGCGGUGCCGGGAGGAGGGGUCAUGGGUCAUGGAGAUGGACUCCCUGUGUGGUUUGGGUUGUCCGAGAGUUUAUGGCUUCAGGUCUGACCGUGGACCAGCUGCACGCAGUGCUGAGCACAUGGCUGAUUUUGCCCAAGGAGACGAAGAGCUGGGAAGAAGCAGUGGCCGUUGGUCACCGUGGACACCCUUACCCCUCGGCUCCAUUUGCCUACCUUGUCCAGAGUCUGCGAAGUUUACUAGGGGAGGGCCCUGUGGAGCGCCCUGGCGCCCGUCUCUGCCUCUCUGCCGGGCCUCUGAGGACAGCCGUUAGACGGCGCUAUGGGAGAAGGCUGGGGCUGGAGAGGACUGCACACGUCCUCCUUGCAGCUCACCUCUGGAAGACAUGUGAUCCCGAUGCCUCAGGCACCUUCCGAAGUUGCCCUCCUGAGGCUCUCAAAGAUUUGCCUUUCCACCUGCUCCAGAGUGGGAACCGUGAUCUCCUCGCAAAAUUUCUCACCAACCUCCAUGUGGUAGCUGCCUAUCUGGAAAUGGGUCUAGUCUCUGACCUCUUGGAGGCCCAUGUGCUCUAUGCUUCUUCAGCGUCCGAAGUGAACCAGGAGCCCCUGGAGGCAGAUGUUGCUGUAUUCCACACCUUCCUGAGACAGCAGGCUUCGCUCCUUGCCCAGUACCCUCUGCUCCUGCUCCAGCAGGCGGCCAACCAGCCGGUAGAGUCACCCGUUUGCUGCCAGGCCCCCCUGCUCACCCAGCGAUGGCACCUCCAGUUCACACUGCGAUGGAUUAAUAAACCCCAGACCUUGAAGAACCAGCAAAGCUUGUCUCUGGCAAUUUCCUCCCCGACCGCUGUGGCCUUAUCCCCUAACGGGCAAAGAGCAGCUGUGGGCACUGCCAGUGGUACAAUUUACCUGUUGGACUUGAGAACCUGGCAGGAGGAGAAGGCGCUGGUGAGCGGCUGUGAUGGGAUUUCCUCUUUUGCGUUCCUCUCGGACAGUGCUCUCUUCCUUACUACCUUCGAUGGGCUCCUGGAGCUCUGGGACCUGCAGCAUGGUUGCUGGGUGUUCCAGGCCAAGGCCCACCAGUACCAGAUCACUGGCUGCUGCCUAAGCCCAGACCGACGCCUGCUGGCCACUGUGUGUUUGGGAGGCUACCUAAAGCUCUGGGACACAGUCCGUGGACAGCUGGCCUUCCAGCACACCUGUCCCAGAUCCCUGAACUGCGUUGCCUUCCACCCAGAGGGGCAGGUGGUAGCCACCGGCAGCUGGGCUGGCAGCAUUACCUUCUUCCGGGCAGAUGGACUCAAAGUCAUCAAGGAACUCGGAACCCCGGGAGCCUCUGUCCGCACUCUGGCAUUCAGUGCCCCUGGGAAGUCUGUGGCUGUCGGCCGGAUAGAUGGGGCCGUGGAGCUGUGGGCCUGGCAGGAGGGUACGCGGCUGGCGGCCUUCCCCGCACACCGUGGCUCUGUUGCUGCUCUUCUUUUCUUGCACGCUGGAGGCCGGUUCCUGACGGCUGGAGAAGAUGGCAAGGCUCAGUUAUGGUCAGGAUUUCUUGGCCGGCCCAGGGGUUCCCUGGGCUCUCAUCCUCUGUCUCCUGCACUCUCUGUGGCUCUCAACCCAGACGGUGACCAGGUGGCUGUUGGGUACCGAGAAGAUGGCAUUAAAAUCUACAGCAUUUCUUCAGGUUCCCAGGAAACUCGGUGUCAGGUGCUAAAUGUGGCGGUGUCCGCACUGGCCUGGCUGAGUCCCAGCGUUUUGGUGAAUGGUGCAGAAGAUGGGUCCCUGCAUGGCUGGGUGCUCAAGGGACGCUCCCUUCAUUCCCUGUGGCUGUUAUCCCGGCACCAGAAGCCUGUGCUUGGACUGGCCACCUCCCAGGAACUCUUGGCUUCUGCUUCAGAGGAUUUCACAGUGCGACUGUGGCCCAGGCAGCUGCUGACACAGCCACGUGAGGCAGAAGACUUUCCCUGUGGUGCUGAGCUCCGGGGCCACAAGGGCCCAGUGUGUUGCUGUAGCUUCAGCCCUGAUGGAGGCCUUUUGGCCACUGCGGGCAGGGAUCGGAAUCUCCUCUGCUGGGACGUGAAGAGAGCCCACGCCCCUCUUCUGAUUCACUCCUUCUCUUCCUGUCACCGUGACUGGGUCACUGGCUGUGCAUGGACCAAAGACAACCUGCUGGUCUCCUGCUCUAGUGACGGCUCUGUGGGACUCUGGGAUCCAGAGUCAGGACAGCAGCUUGGUCAGUUCCUGGGUCACCAGAGUGCCGUGAGCACCGUGGCUGCUGUGGAGGAACACAUAGUGUCUGUGAGCCGGGAUGGGACCUUGAAAGUGUGGGACCGUCAGGGCGUGGAGCUGACCAGCAUCCCUGCUCACUCGGGACCCAUCAGCCAGUGUGCAGCUGCCCUGGAGCCCCGCCCAGCUGGACAGCCUGGAUCGGAGCUUCUGGUGGUGACUGUUGGACUGGAUGGGGCCGCAAAGUUGUGGCAUCCCCUCUUGGUGUGCCAAAUGCGCACCCUCCAGGGACACAGCGGUCCAGUCACGGCCGCUGCUGCGUCCGAGGCCUCAGGCCUCCUGCUGACCUCAGAUAACAGCUCUGUCCACCUCUGGCAGAUCCCCAAGGAAGCAGAUGACACACACAAACCUAGGAGUUCUGUGGUCAUCACUGCUGUGGCAUGGGCACCAGAUGGUUCUCUGGCAGUGUCUGGAAAUGAAGCUGGGGAGCUAACACUGUGGCAGGAAGCCAAAGCUGUGGCUACAGCACAGGCUCCGGGCUGCGUCAGUGACCUGAUCUGGUACUCGGCACAUUCAUUCUUUGUUCUCAGUGCUAGUGAAAAAAUCAGCGAGUGGCAGGUGGAACUGAUGGAAGGUUCGACGUCCAGAAACCCCAGUCUUCACAUGAAGCGAGUUCUACAGGAGGACUUGGGAGUCUUGACAGGUCUGGUUCUGGCCCCUGAUGGCCAGUCUCUCAUCUUAAUGAAAGAGAAUGUGGAAUUACUACAGAUGAAGCCUGGGUGUACUCCAACUAGGAUCUGCAGAAAGUAUGGAGUGCAUUCUUCAGUCCUGUGCACCAGCAAGGAGUCCGGCGUGUUUUACCUGCAGCAGGAGGACUCUGGAUAUCUUUCUUUCUUGGAGCAGAAGGAGUCAGGAGAGUUUGGGCAGGCCCUGGAGUUCGAUCUGAACUUAAAGAAUCCUAAUGGGUCCCUGGUAUCAAUCACUCAGGCCAAACCAGAGUCUGAGUCAUCAUUUCUCUGUGCCACCUCUGAUGGAAUGCUGUGGACCGUAGCUGAGUGUACCGCAGACGGAGGAGAAUGGAUUGUAGGUAACACUUGGCAGAAAGAAGCAAAAACACCUAAAACUGAGACUCCAGGGACAGAUUCAUCUGAGUCAAAUUCCUCCGUGGAGAGCUGGCAGGAACCCAGACAUUUGAAGGCACGUCAAUGUAAAAAGAUCCACUUGGGCGCAGUCACAGCCCUCCAUGUGCUUCCUGGAUUGCUGGUGACUGCUUCGAAGGACAGAGAUGUUAAGCUGUGGGAGAGACCCAGUAUGCAGCUGUUGGGUUUGUUCCGAUGUGAUGGGCCAGUGAGCUGCCUGGAACCUUGGCUGGGGCCCAACUCUACCCUGCAGCUUGCCGUGGGAGACACUCAAGGAAACCUGUAUUUUCUAUCCUGGGAAUGACAAUGCGGUACUCGGAACAAAGAUGACGUCACUUGUACUAGAUGAUGCAAACUGGAAGACACCAGUGUCUACAUUCUUAAUAAGAUCAUAAAAAUAAAGUGUUGGAAGAUCUUAAGU